UGCUUCAUAUUCCAUCUACACACCGGACUUCGGGCUGGUGGGGGCAUUGGAGACGAGAUUGAGCCUCCGGACGGUGAUGAGUGGGAAAUGUUUCGUAUACUUUUCGACAUGACUUUCUUCUUCUUUGUCAUCGUUAUACUGCUGGCCAUCAUUCAAGGUCUCAUUAUUGACGCGUUCGGAGAUCUUAGAGAUCAGCUGGAACAAGUCAAAGAAGAUUUGGAGUCAAAGUGUUUCAUCUGCGGAAUCGGGAAGGAGUACUUCGACAAAAUGCCCCAUGGUUUUGAGCAGCACGUGGAGAAAGAGCACAACUUCGCCAAUUACAUGUACUUUUUGAUGCACAUAAUCAACAAACCGGACACGGAGUACACCGGACAGG